AAGAAAGAACUAUCUUUACAGAAUAAAACAGAUUUAUCGAAACGAACUUUGGAAUAUUGUUUAGUGUUUGAUCAUCAAUGAUACUAAAGGUGAUGUAGUAUUGAAGAACAUUAACUGAGAUUGCGGAGACAUUUUGAUACAGGAUGCGAUUGUGGUGGUUUCCAUGGUAACUGGAAGACAUGUCCUCGUAUGAUGACCUUCUUAGACAGGUAGAAUCACUGCGCCAGGUCAACUCGAGUCUUCAGCGUGAAAUCCAGGACAACAAUGCCCAGUUGUCCAGACUGCAGGAAAACUCCGCCCACUUAGCCCAGUAUGCUAGUGGCCCCACCUCUCAGAUUCCACGAUCUCAGGCAAAUGCUGUCACAGUGAAUAGACCAACAAAUAUCCACUCACCAAAAGUUUCACGAGCACAGCCAGGCUUGCCACUCUCAGACAGACAGAUAGGAAGUCCACCGUUGCCACGCCCACAGCAAAGCUCCGCCCACAGUGUUCCAAUACAAUCAGAUAGCAACUCCUUUCCAGCGAGACUUCAGGACAAUGCUGUCAAUCAUUUAUCAAGACUUCAAGACACUACCUCAGCCACCUGUAGUACAAGCACUGGUAGACCAGUGAAUGAACCACAGAGAGAUGGAAUGGAAACAACUCAGGGUGAAGACUUCAGUUUCAAUGAGGACCUUAUGGAAGGUGAACACAUGGCCACUCUUGAUGAGGGGACAGACCUGUCAGAUUGCCAGGCUACACAAAUAGAAUCUGUUACCAAUGAUGACGACGUAGGUCAAGGUCAGUCAGGUCAAGGUGAGAGUUCACAGAGUGUAGAAGCUGAUUACAGAGAGAGUGACCAGAACAUACUGCACAGGCUUCAACAGCUUGACCAUGAAAGGACCAGUCUAGUACAGCAGAUAGAAUCUGAGGAAAAGAACAGGAAGUGGUACUACGAUCAGAUUGAGAUGAUUUCCCGUAAAAUACGCUCACUUCCUGUCACUGAUGGGCAUCCAGGCCGGCAGCCGGGGUUCACAAGGAAACAUUUGGAGCUUGAGAUAGCUCGGUUACGGGAAACAAUGCAUGAGAGCUUUGGCACCAACGAGCAGAUUGUUCACCGACGGGACAGUAGAGUACAUCGAAUACGACAAGUUGAGGCGGAGAUGAUCGCCAUGCAGCAACAGCGACAACAGAUGUUACAGGGAGGUGAUGGUCAAGGUAGAUUAAGACAUCAGUCAUCAUCCGACUCCGCCAACUCUAGUUCCCCUGUUGACCUUGACUCAGACCAGGUUACUAUGGCAACACAGACAGAUGACAGUCCAGUAGAGCCACAGCAGGACAAGAUGGGAUUUGGACACGGUAUUCCAGGAUCUAUAUACCACGGUACCUGGCCUAUAGGAAAAGAUGACAACAUACAAGCUUCUAUCGGUCACCAUGGUGAUCUGUCUAGUGUGAUGAGCUUUAACUCUACUAAUACCAGUAGCUCUCAUGGAUCUGGGUCAGGAGCCAAAGGUCAAGGUCACCCAGCAUCAGUAGCUCAAGGUCAGCAAAGGUCAUUACAAGGACAACCUCAGCAGCAGCAGCCCCAGCCAAUACCGCUGACACCUCAGAUACCACCACAACAACUUGGUACCAAGGUUGAGAUGGUAUAUGGUCUGUUAUCCAUGUUAGGAACCCAUGACAAAGAUGAUAUGUCUCGUACAUUACUGGCAAUGUCUAGUUCACAGGACAGUUGUAUAGCUAUGAGGCAAUCAGGUUGUCUGCCCCUGCUGAUACAGUUACUACAUGGCUCUGACAAAGAUUCUGCGUUGCUUGGUAACACACGUGGCAGUAAAGCUGCCAGGGCACGUGCAUCAGCUGCGUUACAUAACAUAGUACACUCCCAUCCUGACGACAAACGGGGUCGGCGUGAGGCACGGGUACUAAGACUGCUAGAACAGAUUCGCGCUCACUGUGACCAGCUGAGAGAAAAUUCCUCAGAUGAAGAGGAUGAGGAUGGAAAGCAUGUACAUCAAGGUUUAUCCAUGGAUCACCACCCUGGGCCAGCAAUAGCAACAUUGAUGAAACUGUCAUUUGAUGAGGAACACAGGCAUGCUAUAUGUACACUUGGAGGACUACAUGCGAUAGCUGAGCUUCUGCAGGUUGAUAAUGAUGUAAAUCAUGACACGGACGAACAGUACAAUAUCACAAUGAGGAGAUACGCUUGUAUGGCGCUAACCAAUCUGACGUUCGGCGACGGAACAAACAAAUCACUCUUGUGUUCCCUGAAAGACAGCAUGGAAGCUCUUGUGAUGCAGCUGUACAGUUCUAAUGAGGAAUUGUGUCAGGUAGCAGCAAGUGUACUGAGGAAUUUAUCAUGGAAAGCCGAUCUGGCAAGUAAAAAGACAUUGAGAGAAGUGGGUGCUGUGACCACUUUGAUGCAAGCCUCAAUGAGAGUGCAAAAAGAAACAACAUUAAAGAGCAUUCUAAGUGCUUUGUGGAAUUUAUCUGCUCAUUGUAGUGAAAAUAAAGCAGAUAUUUGUGCUGUGGACAGGGCUUUAGAAUUUCUGAUUAGUUCACUAACUUAUAAAAGUCCGUCAAAAACUACUUCUAUUAUUGAGAACGGAGGAGGAAUUCUACGUAAUGUGUCUAGUCAUAUAGCUGUAAGAGAAGAUUACCGGCAAAUUUUGCGAGUUCAUGGAUGUUUGCAAAUUCUUCUCAAACAUUUACGUUCACCUAGUUUGACUAUAGUGAGUAACGCUUGUGGCACUUUGUGGAAUUUAUCAGCGCGCUGUGCAGAGGAUCAGCAAGCAUUAUGGGAAAUGGGAGCUGUUGGCAUGCUGAGAAACCUUGUACAUUCAAAACAUAAAAUGAUCUCUAUGGGUAGCAGCGCAGCACUAAAAAAUCUUCUUGCUGCACGUCCAGCAAUGAAAAAUAUUGAACUAAAUAAGCAAGCUAAUGGGAAUCGACCCACUUUACAUGUGAGAAAACAGCGCGCACUUGAAUCAGAAAUUGAUCAGAAUUUGUCAGAGACUUGUGAAAAUGUUGAAAGUCCAAGAGACAGUCCGGUUGAGUCUAAGAAACAAGAGACUGGCCAUUUUGUGUAUCCUGUAUAUCCUCUUCUAGAUGGAGAGCAACGUCGACAAAUUUUACGGGGGCCAGUUAUUCCAAGGAGCCAAAGUGGGGACCAUGCUCUGUAUGAAAAUCAGUUGAAAGUUCAGCCUGGUGUGGCAAGGUCUGGUAGCCAAGAUAGUGUUGGGAGUACACACUCAGAUAUUUCUCAUGAUAGGUCUCGACAUGCAUCUGGAGGAAAAGCUGGUACUCGGGCUCAUUCAAACAUGGGUGGUAGCCUUGACAGACAUAAAGAAGGCUUACAACUAGGUCAGAGAGGUCUUUUUGAAGGUAGGACUGAACGAAAUCCUCUUGGUGCUCCAAAUAGCAGAAUUUUACAGGUCAUGCAGGAAGUUGCAUUGAAUGCUGGUAUUGAAGACCAGUCACAUGAUAGUGACUCAGCAGUUUUCAAAACUCCACUUCCUGUAUCCAGUCUACGGUUCCAAAAUCAUGCAGCAUUACAGCAACAACAGCAAGCACACCAUCAACAGCAGCAACAGCAACAUCACUUCCAGACACAGCAACAUACAUCAUACCCAGCUCAUGUCCUUAAUGCUCAACAUGCGUCAGCCUACCAGAGAUACUUGAUGAACAACUUACCUCAGAAUCAAACCGGCCAGUUUGGUAUACAAAACACCAUGUACCAAAACCAAAGACUACAACAUCAGGAGGGUCGGAAUAGAGACGAUGAUGAUGAAAAGCCGCUAGAUUAUAGUAUGAAAUAUCACGAAGGAGGUCCUGCUAACCAAAGAGAUCCUAGACUUGGCCAGCCUCCUCACCAGCCAAUGAUGGGCAAUUAUGUAGGAAGUCAACAGUUACCACCUAAUAGUGUUCAGAACCAGUUCAAUAAUUCAGGUAAAAAUAUGUUCUAUGCUGGUCAAGAGGGGAAUAAACAGUAUAAUUACAACAGUGCUUAUGCUGAAACAGAUCUCGACGAUCCGGAUCAGCCAACAGACUAUAGUGCUAGAUAUGGUGCUGAAUAUAACGCAGAACAGUAUGGUGAUGAAAGAAUAAAUUACGCAAAUCAGUACGAAGAGUCUGAUCCCCACUGUGCUGAUUGUAAACUGGAGGAGGCUCGACGGUACAAUGAUAGACUGGACCAAGCAAUUGACGAUGAUCAGAUAAAAACCUUUUGUACAGAAGAUACUCCAUACCUUAGUACAGCAACUUCUUUGACCGAUUUGAGUACAGCUGUUAAAAUCCUGGAAGAAGCUGAACAGCAUUGUCCGCCUGAAGAUAACGAUGACGAAACUCAAAAUUUCAGUUCAAAGUAUGGUGAAAAUGCUGCUGCAGCAGAACAAGGUCAAAGUUCAAAGUCAGAUGAGAAGAGUCAAAGGCCAAGGUCAGAUCAUGGCCAGAGGUUUGAAGCUGACAAAAGUAGUAGGUCAGGAAGUAAUAUCACAGAUAUUCAGACAGGAACAACUGUUAUAGCCAAUUAUCACCUGAAAUUUGAUCGUAGGUCACAGGAGUCAAACAGUCGAGAAAGUGAGGAACCACAGGAGAGAAGUUUUCAUGACAACCGGAAUGACGAUGCUCCCUAUGAUCAGACAAAAACAUACUGUGAGGAGGGUACACCAGUCUGUUUCUCUCGUGUCAGCUCCCUGAGCAGUCUGCACAGCAGUGAGGCUGGAGACAGACAAGAUCCCAGUAAACGGCCUGCAGGUCCCUUAGAGAGCAUAGACGAGCAUACAGAUAUCAAUAACAGUAUGGUUAAAAUGCCGCCACCUCCUAUGACACCCAACACAUUCAGACAGAAACAUGAUGAACAGCGAGAUGGUAACAGCGACAGUACUGAGAAAGAACACAAAACUGUAACAUUUGAUGAUAAAGAACAGGUACAGGAAACACCAAUGAUGUUCAGUAGGUGUACCUCACUUGGUUCACUGAGCAGCUUUGAUGCACAGUCCGUACACAGUUCAGUUUUCAGCGAAUACAGUAGAAGAGCGAGUGAAGUUGUCUCACCAAGUGAACUACCAGACUCUCCAAGUGAAACCAUGCCACCUAGUCCCAGAAGAACCAAAUCACCAGAAAGGAACCCAAACAGAAAACCAGUCAAUCAGGAAUUGUUCCCGCCAAAUAAAGUAGACGGUCAGGAAAUGUACGCUGGAGGAAACCAGUCUUCUCUACCUCAGCAGUUUACAUCUAAGAUCAAUGAUUCUGCCCAUAGAGUGAAUCCACUUGGUCGAUAUUUGGCCAUGAACUCAGUCGAUAAAAUGAUGGAUUAUGAAACUUGUUCGUCUAAGUCAGAAGCUCCUGUUGUUUAUGCAGAAGAAGGCACACCUCCAGUUUUCCAUGAUAACCUGAGUGAACUGAGCUGUAUUACUAGUGAUAACUAUAACAUAAAUGACAAAACAUUAGUAGAAACUCCUAAAAGUAGAAGUAGUCAGGAAAACAGUUCCCAUAGCAACCAGAAUGAUGAAACUUUAAAUAGCCAAUCAGGAAACAAUAGUUCUGUACCAACAAAUAUGACAGAAGCAGAAUUCAGACCUGAAAGGAUUCAGAAUGAUGUAGAAAAUGGGAGAAGAGAUAACUUUCAGCCAAAAUCAGAUGCAAAUCCUUCAACUUACAGUUCAAAAGAAGAUGGUGCUAAAACUACUGCAGAUGCAAAGCAAGACAAAACAGAAGAUAAGGGAAUGUCUUCAAAUUCUGAUGUGUCUGAAGGAGAAGAUGACUUGCUAGCAAACAUUAUCAGCUCAGCCAUGCCAAUAAGUUCCAAGAAAAUGAGGAAAAGUUCUUCAGAUAAUGUAAUCAAAAGAAAGUCUAGCAGUUCUAGUAAACCUGAUAGUGGAUCAAGCUCAAGGUCAUCCAAAACCCCUGCCAAAUCAGGUCAGCAUUCCGAGAGUGGUAGUAAAUCCUCCAGUGGUCAAAGUUCUGCAAAGAAAAGUUUAAAACUUGGUAACAAGAGCCAGGAAGUAUCACCGGAUUCUAAAACAAAGUCCAGCAGCCAGAGUUCAAGCAGAAGUCAAGGUCAUGGGUCACAGGGGUCAUCACCAGGGAAACAGAAGUCACAGAUACCUAGACCACUACAGCAUAAGCAAGUUCAGCAGAUAUCACAGCUAGAUUCCAGCAUGGAUUCAACAGGUUCACAAGGAACUGAGGAAUCUCCUUUUAACACAUCAAAUGCUCAGUCUGUUAUAACAAAGUCGGCUCAGAAGCCCAAACCACAGCAGAAUCCCGCAAAUAUCAGCAAUCCCAUGAUCCUUCAGAAAGCAAGAAAUCUGUCAAAUUACGAACAUGAAGAAGAAGGCUGUAGAACAUAUGCCACAGAAGACACACCAUUUUCUGGAUCAAUGCAAACCUCACCUCAGACAGCUAGGAAAUUUAGCGAACCUCGAAUAGCAGAUAGCAAUCAAGACACCAUUAGAUCUUUUGCAACAGAAGAUACUCCAUUUAGUGGGUCUGCACCUGGCUCACCUAAGAUGCCAAGACAGAAACAUUUUCCUGAUGAUUUUGACACUGAGACAGAUAGUAUCAAAUGUUUUAACACAGAAGAUACACCAUUUAGUGGGUCAGCUUACGCGUCCCCAAAGGUUGGUUCUCCAAAACUGAACAGGAAGGCUCAAAUGCAAAAUCCUACACAAAGACCUGGUUCCCAAAAUCAAAGCACUGGCUUCAGAAAGCCUGUUCCUGUGCCACAGAACCAGCCUGUUGCCAAGCAACAGUCUCUACCUCAAAAUGUUGUCCCUAGUCAGCAACAGAAUUCCAGACAUCAGACUCAUCCUGCUUUAAAUCAACCACCUGGUAACCAAGGGCUUCCAGCGAUCCAUCCACAGUUUAAUCCACAUCUCUUUGGCUAUAUUCAUAAUGACUUUGAUAAUGGAGAUGAUGCAAUAAAGACAUACGCAACGGAAGGGACGCCACAGAAUUACUCUAGAACUGGUUCAUUCAGUGACUUGAGUAGCCUUAAUGCAAACUUUGAUGAAAAGGUUAAGAUAAGUGAGAAGUCAUCUGCUGCUGUAGAAGAGAAAGCGCAACUUACUAUCCCACCUCCUGUUGAUGACUGCCAGUCAGACCACAGCUCUUCGCUAGAGGAAAGUGAAGAUUUACUUUCAGAACUGAUACAGUCUGCGAUGCCAUCACCUAAGCCAGGAAAACAUCGUCGAUCUAUCGACAGAAAUCCAGAGGGUGCUGAAGGUAGAAGCAGUUUGAGUCAAGACAGAUCAGUACAGAAAAACAAAAAAUCGAGUGAGUCAAACAUACCUACACAUUUUCAGCCUAAAAGAACAUCAAGUUUAACUCACGAUACAAGAAGUGUACAAAACAUGCCAAAUUUCCCAAAUUAUUCUGAUAGUUUAGAUCAAGUGAAAACAUAUGCUAUGGAAGGAACCCCAAGUAACAUGUCUCAAGCUACUUCUCUAAGUGAUCUGACAACAGACUCUUCCUAUCCUGCUGAUCUUCAGGGAGGUAAACCCAAAGGUAGAAAGUCUCUACCCUCCAGUGUUACUAAUGACACAAGUCUUGGCACCAGUGCAAAUACUAAUUAUAGUCACACAGCAACGUACGGUACAUCAAAUGAUUCCGUUUUCCUUCAAUCUGAUGGAGGAGGGGAUUCGUUUAAAGUUUAUAAAACUGAAGGCACACCUCAGUCAUUUUCCUGCAAUGAGUCUUUGAGUUCCUUGAGUAUAAUGACAGAUGACAGUAAGAAUGAGAUGGCCCAGCAGAUUAAAGUGCUAGCCAAUCAGCUUGUCAAGGGUGAUGGUGCUCCUGCCCAGCAGUUGCCUGGUAGAGCAUCGGAAAAUCUUAAACAUGAGGAUAACAGUGUGGGUAAUAGACCUGAAUCACGUGGUUCCAAUUUUAGUAACAACUCGAUGCAUUCUGGGAAAGAGUUGGAACGUCAUGUGGUUGGUCAGUCUAGCGAGGAUCAAUCAGUUACAGAAGAACCAAUACCAAGGUCGCAGUCAGAUGAAACCAAAAAUUAUGGUGUUGAAGAUACUCCAUUAUGCUUCUCAAGAAAUUCUUCAUUAAGCUCCAUCCAUGACUUAGAACAUGAUAAAAUUGCUGAAGAUACUAACAAUCCAAAACAAGAACAGAAAAAACAGAGUGUUGAAACGCAUUCCAAACACGCUGCUAGGGAUGAAAAAGCAGGAUUUAAGGUAGAGCACACCCCAAUCUGUUUUUCUAGGAAUAGCUCGCUAAGUUCCCUUAGCGUCCACUCCGAUGAGGACGAUGACCCAGACGACAUGGCCCUAUUGGAGGAUUGCAUCAGUUCUGCCCUGCCACCACGGACAAGGCCAUCACGUGAAGAACUUAGACGUAAUUCGCAGCCAUCUAGAGGAGACCAUAGAAUAAGAAACCGUGGUGGCAGCAGUGCGACGGGAAAGCAUAGUUACAAGAGAAAUGCAUCAUCCGGCGAUGAGUUAGAACGUUCUGGCGAACAUGAUUCCCGCUACUCCAACUGGCGUCAGCAGCCUCACAAAUCUAGUGAUGAGAUCUUUCGAAAACCAACAAUGGAUGCUAAGGGUCGACCUUGCAGGAGGUCAAGGUCACAAGAUAGUGAGAAACAUUACAAAGACGUGUCUAACCAGCAGCUAGCUCAGUAUGGUAUGAAUGUACACAGGGGUUCAUGGGAUUCUGUUGCAAUGUAUCCUGGAAAUGCAUUUAAUAAUUUAGAGACUGCUGAAAAACAGCGACAGCAAUUGAUUUCUGAAACUCAGAAUAUUGUACACCAGGUACAGAAAAUGACAAGAAGUGUUGAAAAGGGAGAUGAUCAUGAAAGUGAGAAGACAGAUUCCCCAGCAUCAGAUUACAAUUUCUUUAUGACUUGCAGCGGAAACACGGAGAUCAGCGUAGAGAGUAUCAGCAAACAAUCAUUCCCGAGUAGUAUGGCUCCAGAUACUGAUGACGAUAUAUUGGAGGGGUCGCUGGUCGGUAGUUACCGUUUUGGUGCAGAUGGUGAUGAGACUGGAGGACAGACAAGUCAUGAUGUAACACUGACUGAAAGAAAUGUGGCAAAAGCCAUGAAUGGAAUUGAUAAUGGAUACACUGGAAACAGAGGACAUAAAGUACCAGGAAUGGAAGCUAGUAUAACAUCUGAAGAUGAGCGCGCUUUAGCUGAGAAUGCAAACAUUGUGAUGUCGGAAAUGAUGAGUCGUAUGGUACUUUCUGGUACAUCAACUGUCGAUGAGGACAGUUUUAUUGAGAAUGAGACACUUUCACUUGUAUCCAAUGGUUACAUGUCCGAUACUGCAUCAGAAGCAUCCAAUACAUGGUCUGCUGGAUCAGACUUCCCAAUUGAAGGGUCUGGAAAUAGGGCAGAUGGUAAUGGACAAGGAAGCAGACGCCCAAGAAUUCUGAAACCAGGAGAUGUUACACAGACGCAGAAAAAUAUGGAAACAGAAAUGAAAGGUGUACGAGGGAAAAGGAAACCAUUGUAUAGCAGCAAGUCAGUGCCCUCACCAACUCCUUCAACCUCUUCAAUAUCCAAAACAAAUAAGGGUAAAACACAGUCUGGUUCUAAUAUUGGUAAAGUUUCACCUAGAACUGUUCCUGGUGCUUCCUCUCCAUCAGCUGUAAACCAAUCUACAACUGGGAAGAAAUCUUUGAGAACCAUGCCACAAGCAUCUAGUACACCAGUUAAAGCCAGUCAAGCUCCCCAGAAAUCUAGAUCAAGUAAACCUGGAACUCCGCAAAGAUCUUCCUCUCUCGAUCAGAGAUCACAACAGAAUGCAAGACAAACUCUUGGUAAUCGCAGUGCUUCGACCAACAGAAGUGACUCAGUGAACCGUAAUGACUCCAGUAACAGAAGUGGAUCAUCAAAUCGUAGUGGUUCAGCUAACAGGAGUAGUAGCUCUACCAACAGAAGUCAAUCAUCCAAUCAGUCACCAUCAAAAAUUCCUUCCAAAUCAAAUACAAGGGUAACAAAGGACACAGUUGAUACGGUAGACAAAACCAGGCAAUUGUCCAAACAGGGAACAUUUAUAAAGGAAUCUACAAACAGAAAUGCUCCAGUUAUUUCCCCAGAUGAGAAGAACAAGGAGAAUAUUGCUGGAGUGAGAAUGAGGCAGAAGAAAGCCAGUGAAUCAUCAAGCAUAAAUCGCAAUUCCAGUGGCUCAUCCAAAUCUAAUUAUAGUAACACAUCUAAUAAUAGCAACAGUUUUUCAACAACUUCAAGUGACAGUCCACCAGAUUCUUGGAGCAAAGCAUUAAGUAGUUACAGCUUUGCUUCAGAACAGACACCUAAUAGGAAAAAAGAUUCCAAACUGAAGAAAACUGCAACUUCUGAAGUAAAGAAUUCUCCAAAAAGUACUAAAAUUCCUAGUCCAUGUAAACCAGCAUUGAAUAAGUCAGGAAGCGGGCAAAGUCUUAGAAGCUCUUCAAGCAGGGACAGAGUGACCAAAUCCAGCAGCGGUGUUUCACUUACAAGUGUCUCUGGUGGGCUGAUUAAAGCUGGUUCAAGCAAUAGUUUAAAGCAGACAAACUCACGCCCAUCAACUCCAGUCAAUAUGAGUAGAAAAGGAUCCAUGUCAAGUGAAACAGCCAAAAGUGACAAGAAGCAGAAUGGCAAAAAGGGGGUGACUAGCAAAAUCUCUGGUCUUUGGAAGUCAGAAGAUAAGGGAAAGAGCAAAGACAAAAAGUCCAAUGUGUCAAAAUUGCCUGUUGCUAAAGCUAAAGGAAAGACGAAAGACAACAAAAAGAAAGAUGAAAAAGCAGUGAAACGUGAAACAUCACCAAAACCGAAUGUAAACAGAAAUACAUACAUUCUUGAUGAAUCUACUGUUGAAGGGAUAAAUAGAAGUUCAACUUAUGACAAGUUAGAUGCAACCAAUGACAAAAGUCAAAUUCCAUCACAUGACAGUACACAAGUAGCUGUUUACAUGAACAAGAGUGUUUGUUUAUCGAGCAAUGAGAGCAAGACAGCAAAACAAGUUAAAUCAAUUUUCGAUGAUAAUGAGUUAAAUAAAACUUGUAGAGACUUUUCUGCCUUUGAAAUUGGUGUGGAAUAUAAUCUGGAUGACGCUUGGGCAUCAAAUGUUGAAAAGUCGAUUGAAGUGAUGUCUAGAAGUAUAGAAGAUAAUAAGAACAGAAUUGAUAGUUUCUAUGAUGAUACCGUUGACACAAGUAAAAUGGACUUGACUGGUUCACCCGCUAAAAGACUCAGUAAAAGUGGCUCAAUGAGUGAGAUUGAACUAGAGUUUGGUAGAAUACACUCUGGAACGUGGACAAAAAAGAAGUCACAGAACGAUUAUGCAACACUUCCCCAUGCAGAAGACACAAGUCGUACACUGCCAUUGGUUAAACGAUCGGAAAGUUUGAAUUUUUCAGCAAAUAUGACGGUGUCACACUAUGACUAUGAUGAAAAUCAAGAAGUGUGGAUUCGUAGAGAUGAUAAGUUAAGAGCUUCAGAUAUUUCUGGAAUGUCCACUAAGAAAAAGAAAGGGUUCCGUGGCUCAUCUGGUUUUCUAAAUGCAGUUAGCAAAAUGUUUGGAGGUGGUGCUAAAAAGUCUAGUGAUAAACAAAGUAAGUCUGUAAUUGUUACUGAUAAAGACAGUAAAAAAGGGGGAGAAAGUGCUAAACAAAACAAGAAGGAGAAAGAUGGUAAACUAAACAAAUCUGAAAUUAAGUUAAGUAAAGCUGAACAGAAACAGUUAAAAGCUGAACUUAAAGCUCAAUCAAAAUUGAACAAAAGUGAAUCAAAAAUGAGCAAAAAGGAAGCAAAGCUUAACAAAAGUAUGAAAAGUGAGAAGAGAUUUGAAGCUGAUGACACUUCUAGUCAAGUUCUAGGAUCAUCAACAUCUAGUUUAAAGAGAAGUGCAGAAUAUCUUAUAGACAUUGAUAAAUCAGACGAUGAAGAUAUGAAUGCACAAAGUUUUACCAUUCCCAUGGCUGUUUCUUUAACUGAUACAUCAAAAAAUGGUCCAAAAAGUCCGGAAUUGAGCAAGUCUCAAAUGAAAGAUCAAAAUAGUGUUGGUAAUAUCGGCAUGCCGGUGCCAUUUUCAAACAAUGUGAAACAGAUUCCUUCCAAUAAUGUUACUCUAGAUCAUAGUUCAGAUAAUGAUAGACCUCAGUUAAAUAAAUCGGCAAAAAGCUCACCCACGCAACAUUUAACAAAAACCGAAAUGCUACUGGCGAGACGCCAAGCACAGCUGAACACAUCAUCUGAACGUAGCGAGUCUGAAGAUGAGACUACAGGGAGAAAAAGGAGCAUCAUUACAACUGUAUAAAUGACUAUUGUUGCGUGUUGCUGGAAGUUUUUUUUUGUACUGUUUAAUAGCAUUGCUUUAUGUUUGAGAAUUACCUUUGACCUUGUAUUUAUUUCUGCCUGUGGGAAAGGUCUUAGAAUACACAUGUUUUCAUUCAGUUUAACAUUUGUAAAUUUAUGUUUUCAUAAUAACCUCAUCUAUAAAGUUUUACUUAAAGUUCUCAUUAUUUCUUUGUAAAUAUUUCAUAAAUAAGAUGUAUAAAACCACUUUUAUAACAUUUAUACUUGAAAGCAUUUUUGUAUUGCUCUAGUGUUUUAGCAGACAGGCUUUUGAAGCUGUUUCUAAUGUUUUUUAGGAUUUUUUCCAAGCUGUUGUCAGAUCAGAGAUCAAAUUGUUUGUGUUACCUUAAUAUAUUCUUUUUCCAAGCCCUUUAUGUGAACAUGAUGAUUAAGACAGAAAACACCACUAAAGCAUUUAUAUGUAAUACUUAUCAGAGUUUGAUGCAUUGAGUUCUGUUGUGUGCAUUAGUACUAACAGUGGUUGUCUAAUUAAUAUUAACUGUUUGCUUUACUGGCCAUAUAGUGUUACAUAUAAAAUAUUAAAUUCAGAUUAUACAUAAUUUUAUAUUUCAAUAGUUCAGUUUUUAUGUAUGAUGGUCUGAUAUAUUGAGCCAAGUAUAUACUGAAAUACUUAAAAAAAUAGCAGGUGACCAAACAGACAUUUUGUUAUGUGUACUAUAAAAUGGUUGUGACAUAUUUCAGUUUCUGGUUGUAGGUAACUAUAUGAUUUAAUACAUUGUGAUAAUAAAAUAAGCAAGCUUAGGAAGACUAGUUUGGCAAGAGAUUUAUUUUUGGGAAAAAUAUGUGAUGUAGUGUAAAAUUAUCACAUUUAGCAUUUACACGAUUUCCUAUCACAUAAUGUGUUUCUACAAAUUGUUAGAUAAUUAAAGAAGGUCUUCUUGUAAUUUUUUUCAUGUUAAAACAUAGGUUUUAUAUAUGUGCUACAUACAUGCUGUACAUAAAGACAUUUAAUUUUUAACAAGAUGGUAUAUUUGAACUAAUAAAAUAAUAUCAUUUGAAAAUUGUUUGAAUUGUAUUAUUAAAGUGGUAUUUUCCAGAUUUAAGAAUGAAUUGAUAUGAUAUGUAAAGAUUAAGAUCAUAAAAUUGAAAAGAAAAAACAACAAAACAACAUUACUGUUAAUUUAUGCAUUAUACUUACAGGUAAGGCUUUUUCUUGGCCCAUAAAAUUAUAAAGAUAAUGGCCUUACCCUGCUAAAUUUCUAUAAUAAACUUUUCCAUCUUUCAGUUUGGACUGUACCAUUAACUUUUAAAUGGGGUGCUUACCAAUAAGAUACUGACUGAAUGGCGAACAGUGCAGAUCAUGUUCAGACUGCAUGGAUGUGCAGGGCUGAUCAUGAUCUAUACUGGCCACAAAGGCAGAAUCAGUCGUGUCCAGCAUGAUAAAAGUUAAUUUAUUUAGUAUUUGUUUUUGACACCAGUUUGUCAUAUCAUAGCCAAAAUUUGACUGCUUUUGCUACCUCUACUACAAUAUUUUUCAACAGAUGUUGCUUUGUACAUUAGAAAUUGACUGCUUUUUCAUUUAGUUAAAUUUUUAGAAUACCCACUGCUUACUGGCAAUACUGCAUUACAGAAAUGGCCUAUAUUAUGUAUGGAACAAUGUUUUGUUGUGUUGAUAUUUGCAUGGUCAGCAUUUUGCUUUUUCCAUAUUUUGAACAUGGUGUAAAUUUACUGUUUCUUGACUGUUUUAAUUCAUAAUGAAUUAAUGAAUGAUAUAUGUGCAAUAUUUAUUAUAGUGUAAAUAGAAGUGUAGAAAAAAAGUUAUUUUUUGAAACAAUAGUUGCUGCAAAUGGAGUUGUUUGAAGCACAGAAAAUUAAAUUAUUUACUGAUAACUGGUGUAUGCAAGAUUCAAAUAUGUAUCAGGCUAUUUGAUUGGCUGCAUUGCAAGCACCAAAUCAUUUGAUUGGCUUAGUUUUUGCAAAAUACAAAGUCAAAUUCAUUUCAUAUAUAUGCAGUUUAUGAGAGUUUUAUAAUACAGCAGAAAAAUUCAAUGAUACAUGUAGCUCUUCGGUAGAAACAGAUUUACAUGUUUUGCACUUAUGAACACAUGGUUGAUGUGUAAAUUUUAGUAUUUUUGAUAGACAAGCAAAUACACAUAUAGAGAAAUGCAGAAGAAUAGAUAUACUUCUCCUUUUGAUAAUUUUUGUACUUAUAUAUUAACGGUGUAGUGGAAAGUAGAAAAUGUUGAAACAGUUGAAAGUUUGUAACAAAAAUAAGGAUUUAUACCUUUUUUUAGCUUGACUAUACGAAGUAUGGAGAGCUAUCCUACUCGACCUGGCAUCAGCGUCCUUCCUCGUCCGUACUUUUGAUGCACUUUCUCAUUAUCUUUGUUAUUACUUGAUGGAUUUGCUUCAAACUUGAAAUAGUUGUUCCUUAACAUCGCCCACAUCAUAUGGCUCAAGGGUCAUAACUCUUGCAUCAAUAUUUCAUGAAUUAUCCCCCCCCCCCUUUUUACUUAGAGUUUCAGGUUAAAAUUUUGGUGCACUUUCACUUUAUCUCGGUUAUUACUUAAUGGAUUUGAUUUAAACUUAAAAUAGUUGUUCCACAUAAUCACCCACAUCAUAUAACACAAGGUGCAUAACUCUGGCACCAAUUUUUCAUGAAUCAAGGUGAGCUUUUGUGAUCACCCUGUGUCCGUCGUCAGUCGUCUGUCGUCAACUAUUAGACUGUUAACACUCUAGAGGUCACAAUUUUGGCCCAAUCUUAAUGAAACAUGGUCAGAAUUAUCCCCCUUACUACUUAGAAUUUCAGGUUAAUUUGGUGCACUUUUCACAAAAUAUCCGACUUAUUACGAAAUGGAUUUGAUUCAAACUUAAAAUAGUUGUUCUACCUCACCACCCACAUCAUAUGACACAAGGUGCAUAACUCUGUACUAAUUUUUCUUGAAUUAUGCUCCCUUUUUACUCAGAAUCUUAUGUUAAUUUUGAUGCAUUUUCACAAUAUCUCAGUUAUUAGGAAAUGGAUUUAAUUCAGACUUGAAGUAGUUGUUCCACCUCAUCACCCACAUUAUAUGACACAAGGUGCAUAACUCUUGCACAAAUAUUAUAUGAAUUAUGCACCCUUUUUGCUUAGAAUUACACUUACAUGGUAUUUUGAUACCCCUCUUUUUACUUAAUAUUUUUGACACAGACUGCAGCUAUUGUGCAAUAUCUUCAUCUACCAUUGGAGUCAUUAAAUACUCCAGUUACAGCUCCAGUUUCCUCAGAUGUUCCUAGUUUCACUAUCCAGCAUCGAAAUAGUCGAGCGCAAUGUCUCCUGUGACAGCUCUUGUUAAACAAGAAAUUCAUGACAAUAAAACAAAAGUUUGUUUCAUCUGUAAUUAGACAUCCAUGCAGCCAAAAUACAUAUUCCAUACAUAUAUGCUUUUAAUACCCAUUAUCAAGGACAUUAUUUGAUGACAUUUUUGUGUCCUGUUCAUUGGAUGUAAAUACUUAUCAGUCAUGUUGACUUUUCUAAGAUUUGAUACCAUGUUUAUGUCUGACUUAUAUUGGACAAAAUGUUCAAUAAAUCAAUAAAAAAUUCUAAUGCUACAACAAA